GGCCGUGUGACGAUUACCACGGAAAGUCCAUUGGUCUCCCGACUCUCCUCUGAAUCUCUGAUAUCUCUUCAACGUUUAGAGGUCGUGUUUCCAGUCGAUAUUGAAAAACCGCUGCAAACCCCACCUUUUCCCCUCUCUCUGAUGCGCUCCUAUCGAAUUCCAACAACCCAGAAAUGCAAACAUCUCUGACCAUUUCACCCUUUACUGCUCCAUCAAUUUUUCCGCUCCAUCAACCCGUUUUACCACCACAGCAACACCGCGGUUUCUCCCUGCCAGCCCAUGUCAGUCCUGUGAAUUCCGUCAAAGGGUCCGGCUAUUUAUCAACAAUAGGCCAAGCUAUAAGAGAGGAAGAGGAGUACCGGAAAGCCAGGGCACAAGUUCUCCGAAAAGGAGUGGACUUGGAAGGAUACACAAUUGAGGGAGUCUCCGUUGGAGGGAAUGAGACUUGUGUUAUAGUUCCCGAGUUGAAGUGUGCUUUCGAUAUUGGCCGUUGUCCCUCGCGCGCCAUUCAGCAAAACUUCGUUUUUAUCACUCAUGCUCAUCUUGAUCACAUUGGUGGUCUGCCAAUGUAUGUAGCCAGUCGUGGUUUGUACAACUUGAAACCUCCAACGGUAUUUGUGCCUCCUUGCAUCAAAGAUGAUGUUGAGAAGCUUUUUGAAAUUCACAGGAGCAUGGGCCAAGUGGAGCUUAACCUUGAUUUGGUUGCAUUGGACAUAGGUGAAACGUAUGAAAUGCGCGAUAAUCUGGUUGUCCGAGCUUUUAGAACUCAACAUGUCAUACCCAGCCAGGGUUAUAUCAUCUACUCAGUUAGGAAAAAGCUGAAGAUGCAGUACAGUAGUAUGAAAGGAAGACAAAUUGAGAAAUUGAAAAAAUCUGGUGUUGAGAUUACGGACAUUGUAUUGUCUCCAGAGGUGGCAUUCACAGGCGAUACAACACCAGAUUAUAUGCUUGAUCCGCGAAAUGCUGAUGCCUUGAGGGCAAAAGUUCUUAUAACUGAGGCAACUUUCCUAGAUGAAGGGUUCAGCACUGAGCAUGCACGACAACACGGUCAUACACAUUUAUUUGAGAUCAUUGAACAUGCUCAAUGGAUUCGAAAUAAAGCAGUUUUAUUGACUCAUUUCUCUUCACGCUACAAUAUAGAGGACAUUCGUCAAGCUGUAUCAAAGUUGCAGUCGAAGGUGUCAGCAAAAGUAGUUCCUCUUACAGAAGGUUUCAAAUCUAUGUACUCGUAGUCGGAUUCUAAUGUUGAAUAUAUCUAUUAGCAAAUGGUAACACCUAGUGAGAGAAAGAGAUGUAAUCAACUUGUAACUUUGAUGUUCUUGUUGAUGUGUAAUCAAUUUGUAAUUUAUUCUUGUUUGAGUUGAAAUUCGUGUUGCAGGCGAGAACCUACUCAUAAUGUGCCUUGUUAAUGUGAACUUUAUAAUUUAUUUCAAA